AUGGAGGGGGGACGCAGUCGUUCUUUUGAUUGUCUUCCUGUGUUCUUCCUGUCCGAUUUGGUUGGAGGUUAUGCCGCUUGUUGGGCCAGACGCAUGCAUUGGUCGUCCCUCCAAUCCAAUCAUGUCAGUUUCAAAAUGUUAGGAUAUCUUACAAACAUGCUAAAACAUCAAAGGACAGCCAUCAGAAUACUGAUUGUGCCUUGUAUCAGGAAGACAGACUCAGAUGACGCCAGCGAGGCGUCGACAGAGCAGGCGGAGCAGGUUGACACCUCCCCAGAUGGAGACGGCUGGAGGAAACUGUUGGGUCGGCUGUUGCUGAAGGACUCAGAUGCUUGCCUGCGACAGCAUCAACAGAUGAAGCACGAAGCCCUGUGGCUAUCACACCUUGCGGGCACCUGGCGGGACUCCUACGGUGCUGUGGGAAGAUUCCAUGCAGACUCCUUGGUGAUGAUUGAGGAUGGAGAGACGUCCGCCGUGAAGGUUCGACAAGCGACCUCCAGCAAGGCAUCCAUCUUGGUGCUGCUUUACGGCGACUUCUGGGAGGCCGAUGCAGACCUCCAAACCAAUUCUUUGAGCUGGUCAACCGGCGAGCUUUGGGAGAAGGAGCCGAGAGGCUAUGCUGGCUGCUGA